GCGGCGCGAAGCGACACGAGAAGACGAAGAGUCAGGAGGAAGAGGAGGAGGAGGAAGAGAAGGAGGAAGAGGAGGAAGAGAAGGAGGAAGAGGAGGAGGAGGACGCCGACAUGACGGAAGCCGUUCAGCCCAAACUGGUUCUGCUGUUCAGCGGGAAGCGGAAGUCCGGGAAAGACCACGUGACCGAGCUGAUCCAGCGGAGGUUGGGUCCAGAGGUUUGCUGUGUUCUGCGUCUCUCUGCUCCUCUGAAGCAGCAGUUCGCUCAGGAGCAUGGUCUGGACCUGCAGCAGCUGCUGGGCUCUGGUCCCUAUAAGGAAAAGUUCCGGGCUCAGAUGAUCCUCUGGGGAGAAACUCGUCGCCACGACGACCCGGGCUUCUUCUGUCGCCUAGCAACCAGAGGAGCCCGCCAGCCCGUCUGGGUGGUGAGUGACGCGCGGCGGCUGUCGGACCUGCAGUGGUUCCGGUCUCAGUUUCCCGCUCAGACUCGCUGCGUCCGGGUUCAGACCUCAGACCAGACCAGGACCCAGAGGGGGUGGAGCUUCACCGCAGGGAUUGACGAUGCUGAGUCUGAAUGCGGAUUGGACAGCGGGGUGGACUUUGAUUGGAUCAUCACUAAUGAUGCCGACGCCCCCUCGUUAGAGGAGCAGCUGCAGACGAUCCUGCAGCUGGCGGAGGCGGCGGGGCGGAGCUAGAGCAUCACCUGUCUCUCUGCCUACCUGUCUGUCAGUCAGAGCCAGGGCACAGCUUUUAUUUUUGUUAUUGUUAUUAUCAUUAUUGUAGAAUAUAAUAAUAUUACAUUCUAUUGAUGCCAUACAUCAAACAAACACAUUUAUUUUGAAUAUUGUCCAGGAAUCCUUAAUAAUAAUUAAUAAUCACAUCAGUGCAGCUGGGAAGGUGGCAGACAACAGAAGAUGAAUAUUAAUAUUAAUAUUAGUAUUGUUCUUAAAUAGGGCUGAGACCCAAAUACUGUGAAAUACGACCACUAACAACAACAACAACGAUAAUAAUAAUAAUAAUAAUAAUACUGCUAAUGACGCAGUGACACAGUGCUCGGCUCCAGGCCUGAAUAUCAGCUUCAUCCAGGGACUGUGGGGACGUUCUGUGACGUUCUGUGACGUUCUGUUACGUUCCGUGAUGUUCUGUGAAGUUCUGUGAAGUUCUGUGACGUUCUGUGACGUUCUGUGACGUUCCGUGACGUUCUGUUACGUUCCGUGAUGUUCUGUGAAGUUCUGUGAAGUUCUGUGACGUUCUGUGACGUUCUGUGACGUUCUGUGACGUUCUGUGACGUUCUGUGACGUUCCGUGACGUUCUGUUACGUUCUGUGACGUUCUGUGACGUUCUGUGACGUUCCUGCAGAUGAAGUGUUGCUGCCAGUUUUGUCCUGGAGGUGGCGCUGUGCAGCAUGUGUUUAGACACACACCUCACUUCCUGUUUUUUAUCAGCAAAGCAGCAGUUUGGAGUGGCAGCUGUGAUCCUCUGCUCACCUGGACCAGGUGACCUGUUUUAGCCAAUCGGCAUUAAGUCCUGACUUGGACGAGGUGUGCAGGAACACACCUGCCGACUCCAGGAGGCAAUUCUGUCUCUAGUGAUGAAGUUUCUGUUUUACAUUUGAAACUUGUUUUGCUGAAGGAAACACACACACACACACACACACACACACACACAUACAUACACACACACACAUACAUACACACACACACCGGUCAUGAUCACCAUUCAGUUUUUCAAGUGGAACGUCGGCGAGGAAAACCGCUGAUGAGACGAAGACGGGGCUGGAGGGGGAGGGGCGGGGCCACAUGGGG